AACAGCAAAAGAUUCAAAAGAAGCAUUAAAAAAGAAGGAUAAGAAGGAUAAUAUUUUCACUUCUUCUACUGAUACGGGAGUGCAAUGGCCUAUUAAUCACUUAACAGAUAGAGAAGAAGUAUUAAACCAAUAA